GGCGGGAGCAGCUGCUGCAGCCGGCAGGUGGGGUUGGGGCCCGUGGAGCUGACCACGCACUCGGCCCGGCGCGGCGGCACUGCGGCCCCGGGGCAGCGGGCGCUGGGACUCGAGCUGACUGCAUCCUGAGAAGGUUAUUGAGUUUCUGGAAGGCCUGGUUUUCCCAGAGGAGCAGUUUCUGGUAGAAGUCUGAAGGUGUGAUCCACGAAAAAAAAAAUCAAGUAUAGCCAAUGAAUUAAGGACAAGAAGGUUUCCAAUCAGUCCCUGCUAUGUGGAUAUUUGUUAGCAAUGACUGAUGUGGAAACUACAUAUGCAGAUUUCAUUGCUUCAGGAAGAACAGGUAGAAGAAAUGCAAUACAUGAUAUCCUGGUUUCCUCUGCAAGUGGCAACAGCAAUGAAUUAGCCUUGAAAUUAGCAGGUCUUGAUAUCAACAAGACAGAAGGUGAAGAAGAUGCACAACGAAAUUCCACAGAACAAAGUGGGGAAGCCCAGGGGGAAGCAGCAAAAUCUGAAAGCUAACAUCCCACUUUGAUAACUUCAGCAACACCUGACAAUGUCUCAAAUCUCCAGGCCUGGCUGGAAUGCAUUUGUUUCCAAGAGUGAAAGAGGGGGGAAAAAAGUAGCUGUGCUGCAUUAUAGGAAUCUGCUCAUUAUCAUGUCAAAAAUGGGGGCAGAGGCUGUGGCUGCAGACAGACUUUUCUCUACCUCUGUCAUUAGCAAUGGUUGAAAUCAUGUGGCUUGUGUUUGGAUGUCAUUUUUGUAUGGAUCCUUUCACUUGACCAUAUGAUAAAAUGCUUGUAGAGAGUAGCACUGACCUAGAUGAUGAUUCUUCCUGCAGCAUCUGGCCCCUCAAAAUGUCAGAGGAUUUAAUUGUGUCUAAUUGCAAAGGGUUGGUUGAACCCCAGAGUUUAAAUAUCUCUGGUCUAAGUAUUCACCCAGUAAAAGAACCAUCCAGAAAGCACUGUUUUUAGCGUUAUGUAUCUGUGUGUUUCUGCUGUGUUAUUUACACUGUUUUGUAUUGUACAGUAUACAUGCUCAGCACUGCCCCCUUCUUUGAUUGCUCAUGAGAAACAAAAAUAAUGUAUGUUACUGUGAAUUUUUAUACCACUCAUUUUUAAAAGGGCUGCCUUUUUCCUUCUCCACAGUGUGGUGGUGUACACAGGAUAGAUCAUACUUUUUUUUAACUUAAUCUUUCCCCUUGAUCCACUGUUGAUGAAUUAAAUCUAACCAAUUAAUCAAGACUUUUUUGCUUUAUUACAGAGGCAUUUGAAAAUAUCCACUAAUGUGAAUUUUACUUGAAUUCAGUCUGUUUGAUGUCUGUAUAGACCAGAAUUCAAUAUGCAUAUUUUGUUUUAUUUUCAAUUGGAGAACUUUUCCCAACUAAUAAAUUUUUAAAAAUUUUUAAUUAUGAGAAUUUUAGAGAAUCAGGAUGGUGGGAAAGAUAAGAUAAUAUUAAGAACGGAAGCUUUUUGUUCUAAUGGAAUCGAAUUACUCAAUGCUGUAUGCUACUAUUUAAAUUGAGAGGACAACUUAUCAGCAUGGAGCUGUAACAGAUGGAAAAAAUUAUCUUGCAAUCAUGUGGACACCAAUCACAAAAGUAAAGCCCUUGCAUUGUGUUUUUCAUGUCUUUUCAGCCCUAUCAGAUACAAAUGUUAUUAUGCACUUUUUAAUGUUUGUAAACUUUUACUAAUAAUUAGUGUGAAUUGCAUUCUGAUACAAUAAUAAUCAUCAUUAGAAGCUAACAAAAUCCUCAUUAAUACUGUUGAUAGCCUCUGCUGUGUUUUGACAUCAUGGUUCUUAUAUGGAGAGUUUCUGUGAGCUGUGUAAUCCCAUUGGUCAGUAUUAUAAAAUCAUUUAUCAGUAGUAAUAAAUAAGGAACCGAUAAUAUGCCCAUGGCUCAUGGAUUACUGGACAAAUAACAGAUAACAGGAAGACCCUUUACAAUAAAGAGCCCACUUAAAUUAUCCUCGAGGUCUUAGAUACAGUCCCAUUUGAGGUCGGUUAAACAGCAUUUCCACAGAUAAUCUCCAUGGAUGUACCAGGAACUCAGCCUUCCUCCAUAGCUGCCUAUAGGAUGAAAGGUCAGUCUGCCCUCAUCUCUCCUUACAGUACUUUCCAAAUGAGUAGGAUAAGGGCAUGGGUAUCAUUUGGUCCUCAAUCAUGUAUUACUAGAAAAAAUGUUAAUAGGGUGAGUCUCUCAGAAAAUAGAAGAGUAAAUAUUAGAGUACUUCAUUCUAACCAGUUGGGGUCCAAAAUGCCCAGUUAAAAUUCAAAUAAUUCCACCUAUUAAUAGACUCACAAGUGGGAAGAAAGGUUCCUGAGACAUUUUUAGACAAUCUCUGGUAGUUCAUUUAAAAUAUCCAACCCAUAAAAUCACUUUUUCAAUAUCCUCAUUUACUAUCUUCAUAGCUUUCUUGUGAAUCUAGGUAAAGUUCUCUCCAUCCUUAAAGUUGUAGAAUUCCAAAUUGAUUACAUGUGAUUUUGUAAAGUUUAGGACUAGUGCUGAGUUUAUGUGGAGACUUUAUAUUCCUAUGUGAUAUACUAUUAUUAAUGCAUGUGGUGUCAUGCUUGUCUUUGAAUAUAUAAUAGUGCUAAGUUGCAAAGUCAUAUGGAGCUUUUGAAUUAUUUUGACCUCUUACUGCUACUUUGUCUGCUAUAUUAAAAUCCAGAGAGAAUCCCAAGCUAGAAGAUAAAAAUCUACUUUCCAAAAUAUCCAUAUCCUACAAAGGUUGCUCAGCAAAAGUGUCUUCCAAAUUGUAUUGUAAUAUCUUACUUGCAAAUCAAUAAUAUACAUGGAAUUGAAUUUUUAAGGAGAAAAGGAAAAGGUAGAAAAUUAAGGCAUUCGGUUUGAGAAUAUGUAUUGAAUGCCCUCUAACCAACUAAAAUUAUGCUAAUCACUUUCCAGCACAUUUUCUCCAAUUUAAUUGUUUCUCCUCAGAGAAUUUAAUUAAAGAGGUAGUGUUAUCCCAUUUCACAGAUUAAGAAAUUAAGGCUCAAUAAGUUAUAACUUUUCCAAGUUUAAAAAGCUAAUAAGUGAUGAAAUUAAGAUUUGAACCUAUCUUUGUCAGUUUCCAAGGUGCUUUCUACUGCACAGGCCAUACAAUUAAAGCCAAUUAUAGAGCAUCUUUAUCUGUAAGGGAACAUUUAGAGAUGAACUGGUUCAUCCUCCAUAUAUUAUAGAGGGAAACUGAAUCUCAGAAGGGGGAAUUGUCUUUCUCAAGGUUACUUAGAUGAGUAAAAACACAGAUGUGACCAGAUCAUAGAAAGUAUAUUUCAAAAAAAAAAAAAAAAAAAGAACGAAAGAACUUCAAUUAGAGUUUUUUUUGUGUGUGUGUUAUACUUCAGAAUACCUUUCUGGCAUGUAGUCUAUAAAUUUAGCAUGUUCAGAUUUUUUUUUCUAUGUUCCAUGCUACUUGUUUUGUUUAAUUAACUAGAAAUACGAAAAUUUCAGUUUUACUCAUUUGUAGUAAGUAUGAACUUGUCAAAUUUACCUUUUAUCAAUUAUAAACAUCCUAUGCCAACAUACUGUUCUCAUAAUUCAUAGAAAUGUUUUUCCAAUAUAUAACAAGCAGUCUUCAGUUUUUAGGCAACAUCCCCAGAACUGCUCACUAUAAAUGCCCUAAACUUGCAGUAAAAAUGCACCAUUUAAUAAGAUGAAUGAUCUUGCUCUUUCUCUUCAGAGAAGCAAUAAUGGGUAAACAAAUGUCACUGCCAGGUAGCUUAGCUUCUGAGUAAAGCUUGUCAUAAUAGGAAGACAAUGUGUAGUUAUCAGGUAAAAACAGGAAACCAUCUAUGAUUUAUGAUGUCUUAAUAGGCCCUAAAUUGUUCUUUAAUCAAAGAGUGGCAGUCUCUGAAGUCAUUUGUGAGCUUGUAUGACUCUUGUAUUUAGUAAUGUUGCAUGCUCACAUAAUUGAUAUUAAAAGUAAUACAUUUUUUCUGAAAUGUG